UCUCCCAAUCUUCUCUCUCAUGUUCUCUUUUUGUCCUCUUUAUCAAAACCCCAAGCAAGCCCCACAUUCCACCCCUUCUCCUCUUCGUCUCUCAUCUUGUUCCUGUGUUUGUCUCUCCCACUUUCUGCCUUUGGAUCUUCUUCUUCCCUUAGGGUUUGAUUCGUAAAACUUGGUGAUCAUCAACUGGAUUUGAAGCAUUGUGCACUCAUUGAUAUAUAUCUAUAUAUCCCUAUUUCCAAGUUGUUCAGAUAACUAAGAGGAAGAAGGAGGACCAAAUACAUAUAUAUACACAUGACACCUGUUUUACCUCCCGGAUUUAGGUUCCACCCUACUGACGAAGAACUUGUUGCUUAUUACCUUAAAAGGAAGAUUAAUGGUCGAAAGAUUGAGUUGGAGAUCAUACCGGAAGUUGAUCUAUAUAAGUGUGAACCAUGGGACUUGCCAGGCAAAUCAUUGUUACCGGGAAAGGAUUUGGAGUGGUAUUUUUUUAGCCCUCGUGAUAGGAAGUACCCAAAUGGAUCAAGAACAAACCGUGCAACGAAAUCUGGAUAUUGGAAGGCGACAGGGAAGGAUAGGAAAGUAAAUUCACAGACACGGGCAGUGGGUAUGAAGAAAACCCUAGUUUACUAUCGAGGAAGAGCACCUCAUGGCUCUCGUACUAAUUGGGUUAUGCAUGAAUAUCGUCUUGAUGAGAGAGAAUGUGAAACUGCUUCAGGCUUGCAGGAUGCAUAUGCUCUUUGCCGUGUGUUCAAGAAGACUGCAGUGAUUACUCCAAAAGUUGGAGGGCAUUAUGUUAAUACUCCCAAUGCCAACCAGAUUACAGGCUAUCAAUCAUCAAGCAUUGAACUAUAUUCUGAAGGAAGGGGAGAAGAUUUAGGUAGCUCAAAUUAUUCAAUGCCGAUGGAUACAUGCUCACCCCACAACGUGGGAAAUGAGACUUCUCUCACUAUCAGUGGUGGAUCAAGGGAUCAUGGGAAUUGGUCACACUUCUCAUCAGAAGACCCAUUAUUUAGUCUUCCAACUUCUUCAUUUCCUAAUUUUGGAACCAUGACAUACCCUCCAUCCAGGGUGGAUAUAGCUCUAGAGUGUGCAAGGAUGCAGCAUAGGUUUACUAUGCCUCCUUUGGAGGUUGAUGACUUCCCUCAAGUUGGAAUCUCAGAGCUGAAAAUGACACAAGCCUCCGGUUCGAUGCAAGGAAGCAGAACUGAAACGGAUAUCUUGCAGGAAAUUCUUUCAGUUGCUCAUGCUUCCCAAGAAUUGAUAAAUCAAUCUGGCUACUCGCAUGAAUGGGGUGGCAAUGAUAAUUAUGCUCCUCGUGAAGAUGAUUUUACAUUCAUGGUUGGCACCAAUUACAAUCAUCUAAAUGAAAUGAGCUCAAUGAGGUAUGUUGACAAAACAUGGGAAGAUGCUAACACAAGGACAAUAGAGAUCGGAGAUGUGGGUGAAGAAUUUAAGGCAGAGAGGAUGGUAGAGAAUUUAAGAUGGGUUGGAAUGUCAAGAGAAGAUUUAGAAAAGAUGGAAGAACAAAAGGUUGUCCCAAUAGAGGAUAUUUCAAGUUUCCAAACUAACAGGGAAGAAAAUGAGGUGCAAGAAUCUGAGCAACAUAGCAACAAGGAACACAAUGACACUGAAAUCAAUGAUUUCUCCUUGGGCUUCAUCAAUGAUGAUGAUCCUAACGAGAACUUCAUAGAAGAAGGCAACAUGAAUGAUUAUUCAAGUUUUCCAAGCUUUGAGGUCGUUGAGGAAACAAAAGUCAAUCAUGGAAUGCUUGUUUCGACUGGUCAAGUAGCCAAGACAUUCUUCCACCAAAUAGUUCCUUCACAAACCAUCCAAGUUCAACUCAAUUCAGUGAUGGCAAACAAUCAUUGUGUAGAGAAUGCAGAGGCAAUGCUAAUGAUAAUGGAGAACCAAGGGUCUAUAUUGAGGAAGUUUAGGUCCUAUGUUAUGGGAAAGCUAACAAAGCCAUCAAAAGCAAUAGCAAGUGCUGUUGUAUUUGUCUUUGCACUUGUGUUGAUGCAUUGUGCUUAUUUGAAGGAAGAAGUGGAAAUUUGGAAUGAAACAUAUUGCAGCAUAAAGAGAAUGAGUCAGUCAUCUGAGGUAAUCAAUUGGAAUAAGUCAAAUGAGGUUUGGUUUGUUGGUGUCAAAAGUGAGAAAGGAUUAAGUGCAGUAUUGAAGAAAAUAGGCAUUUUCCUCACUAUAUCUUUAGCUCUUUGUACCAUGUGGGCUAACCAGAAUAUGAUAGUUAACCCUUGAUCUCCUAAUUCAUUUAAUUUUGUCUCUAACUUAAGGAAUUAGUUUGAGAAGGCUCAAAUUGUGCUUCUCCCAGUUAAGUAGGAGGCUGAUGUAUCCCUAUACCUGUAAUAUUUUACUUUAAUUAGCAUCACGUGUUAUUUGAUCUUAACUUAAUUGUAUUCAAAUCUUUAGUUAUUAUGAAUAGAAUG